AUGGAGUUUUCAACCAAUUCAAUUAUUAUAUUAAAUAUUAUAAAAUUUUUAGAUGUUGAUGAUAUUUUUUCCUGUGAAUUAGUAAAUAAAUCUUGGUUAAAAGUUUCAAAUAAAAAUAAACUUUGGGAAAUUUUAUUUUUAAAAAAUAUUUUUAAUAUUGAUGAUUAUUUUAAUGAAUCUACAAUUUUUUCAAAAGGUUUAUUAAUUAGUAAUAAUAAUAAUAAUAAUAAUAAUAAUAAUAAUAAUAAUAAUAAUAAUAAUAAUUAUAAUAAUAAUAAUAAUAAUAAUAAUAAUAAUAAUAAUAAUAAUAAUAAUAAUAAUAAUAAUAAUAAUAAUAAUAAUAAUAAUAAUAAUAAUAAUAAUAAUAAUAAUAAUAAUAAUAAUAAUGAAAAUAAUAAUAAUGAUAAUAAUGAAAAUAAUAAUAGUAAUAAUAAUAAUGAAAAUAAUAAUAAUAAUAUUAAAAAAAGACCAUUGGAAAAUGAAACAAUUUUAAAAAGCUUAUCACCCAAAAUAUUAAAAUGUGAUUAUAAUAAUAAUAAUAAUAAUAAUAAUAAUAAUAAUAAUAAUAAUUAUAAUAAUAAUAAUAAUAAUAAUAAUAAUAAAAUAAAUAAUAAUAAAAGUGUUGAUUGUAUUAAAAUUAGAGAUUUAUAUAAAAUUAGUUUUCCACAUCAUUAUAAUAGAUUAUCAAAUUUUAAUAAAUUAAAAAAUAAAGGAGUAAUUUCAGAUGAUGGAGUUUGGAGUGGUUGUGAAAAUCUUGACAAAAUUAUUGAACACAAAAUUUCGGCAUUUAGUAUUUUGUCAUCUUUAAAAAGUGAUUCGUAUUCAAUUAAAAAUGAUUCAAAAGUAAUUUUAUUAUCAUUUAAUAGUGAUACUGGUUACGAUGAGAGUUAUUGUUAUAAAUAUGAUACAUUUCAAUAUUUAAUUUGUAUUCCAAAUAAAAUUGAAUCAAUUAAUGGUGAAAUAAAUUUAGAAUAUUCAAGAUUUAUCAAAGCAUCAUUUAAAAUCUAUUCAAAAUAUGAAUAUUGUGAACAUUUUGAAAAUGAUGAUUCUGGAUAUGAUGGUGUUUUAUUAAAAGAUGAAUCAUAUUAUAAUUUUGAAUUAUUCGAUAUUAACGAGCCAACAUUUGAUGAUGAUGAUAAUGGUUUGGUUGAAUAUGUUAAAGAGAGUUAUGUUAAAGGUUUAGUUGAAUUUUCAAGAAAUUCAUUAUCAUUUUCAUCAUAUUAUUAUGAAAAUAAAUUUUUCCAACUCACUGGUUUUAAUAGAGAAGAACGAACCAAGAAAAGAGUUCCCUUUGGAUAUGAUUACAAUCAUUUAUUUUCAUCAGUAUAUCCAAUUAAACAAAAUUAUAAAUUAUUCAACGAUAGUGUUGAAAAUAAUCAAGAUUUUAAAUUUACUGAUAUUUCAAAAACACCAAAAGAUGUUAAAACACUUUUACAAAAUAUCAUAUGGAAAUAUAGUAUUUUUUAUUUACCUGAAUAUUAUAUGAGAAAAUAUAAAUUAAAGUUUCUCAUGAAAACAGAAGAAGAAUUAGAAAAUGAAAAACCAUAUUUUGGCGAAGGGUUGGAUCAAUUUGUAAGAGAAUCAAUAAUUUUAGAAAAUAAAUUAUCAUUUUCAGAAGAUUAUUAUUCAGCUGGAAUGAUUUCUUCAUAUGAUUUUAAAUUCUUAAUUCCAUAUGAUGACAAUAAUAAUUUAAUUAUUAAUCUAAAAUAUUAUGAUAGGAAUUUUGAAGAAGAAAUUAAUUUCACUGUUGAAGAUAGAUUAGUUAAUUCUAAUGGAUGUUGUAUUUGGGAAAAUGAUGAUGAUUUUAAUAAUUUAUAUUCAUAUAAAUUACAGGAAGAAAGAGAAAAAAUUCAAUAUGAUAAAAAAUUAAUUUCAGAUGAAAUUGAUUUGAAAAGUUUAUCAUUCUCUCAAUUUAUCUCAUUAUUACUUAAAAAGAAAUAUCCAAAUAUUUAUUUUAAACUUUCAGAUGUUUUUGCGGUUUCAGGUCUUGAUUGUUUAAUUGAUUUUACUGAUGACGAAAAUAAAAGUUUAAAACCAAAUAUUGAUAAAAUUGGAAAUUUUAAUGACCCACCCCAAGAAAAAAAUUUAAGAAAUCUAGAUUUUAAAUAA